CAACUUUAUUAGGACGAAUACAUCCACUCAUCCAAAAUCUUGAAAUCACUUUCAUUACCUCGCCAACUAGAAAGAAGACUACACCUGGUCGCUGCUUCAUAGAUCGUAAACAGUAGUUCCGUUGAAGGAUGCCGCAGCCUUUCAUACGCCCCUACGACCCCUCCCGCGACCUUGACGCAUGCAUCCACAUUUUCUAUGCCACUCUCGAUCCAGCCGUCGACUUUGAGCCGGCCCGCACAAUAGGGUCUUUCCUGUGGUGUCGGGCGUACCUGCUCCUCUCACCAGAGACGUGUUUCGUGCUCGAUGAUGGUACCAUUGAGGGCCGAGCAGUGGGAUAUAUCAUCGGCACCGCGGACACGAAUGUUUUCGCGACAAAGUGGAAAAACAGCUUCCUUCCGAACCUGGGGCUCGACCCCGAAGACAUCUCGAGAGAAAAUGGCAAAGAACCGGCGAGCUCCAGUGCUGAGCUGACGGCGAAAUUGUCAGAGGAGGAGAAGGAAACCGUGAGGAGCCUGCAGAAAACACUGCAAGAUGCAGAAUGCAGCAUGAUCCAGCCAUUCCCCGCCUUGUUAUCCCAGUUCCCGGCACACCUGCACAUCGACGUCUUGCCCGCCUACCAAAAUCAAGGGUGGGGUCCAAAGCUCAUGGGCACAUUUCUCGAGGAGGUUAAAAGGUUAGGCGCAAGAGGGGUUCAUCUUGGUAUGGUAAGGGGUAAUCAUAGAGCUAAGAAGUUCUACGAGAGACUAGGUUGGAGAUUGUGCGAGGAGGUGUUGGAUAGGGGCAAGAGUGGCGAGGUAGGAAGAAAGGAUGAAGCGAUUUGUUUACUUAGAGCCUUAUAAGAGUAGGAUAGAUAAUGUAAUAGAUUCUAG